AUGAAGGAGACUAUGGGUCCGGCGGAGCUCGAGACUGGGUCAGCGGUGAGAUUGACACCGAUGGCAGCUACUGCUUCGAUCACGGAGAGUAUCGCAUUGUCAAGAGUCGACAUUGGGGGACACUUUGCUGAGCCGCAGUUCUCAAACCCCGAAACACUCACGCCUCUACGACUCCCAGAAGACUUCCCACUCCGCCCGCUAUUCUGGCCCAAAACACGGAAAUGGCUAGCAACACUCCUCGUCAGCGCAUUCGCGUUCAUCCAGCCGUUGACCGAGACCAUGCUCACGCCGUGCGAGGAACCCAUCACGAAAACCCUCUCCAUGACCCACUCAUCUCAAUGGUACUUGACCAACUCACUCAUUCUGAUCGGUAUUGGUCUUGGACCUCUGAUCCUCGCACCCCUCUCUGAGGUGUACGGCCGGCGACCAGUCCUACUCGGUGGCUCUACAUUCUUCAUCGUCUGGAAUACUGCCGGUGGCGGCGUGCGUGCAAUCGAUCAGCUGCUUGCAUUUCGAGCCCUCAGCGGCUUCGGCGCAUGUGUCGCUGAUGCCUCGCGGGAGGCAUCAUCGGGCGCCGAUUGGAGGUGGGUCUUCUGGGCCACGAGCGCUGCCGCCGCUACCGUACUCAUAACCGCAUUCCUCUUCCUCCAGGAGACCUUCGUCCCACGCAUCGAGCGAAAGUGGCUCAAGAAGCAACACAACCCCACCACCAACAACGCAAUGACAUUGAACGAUGCCCUGAAAAUCGUCCACCCAUUGAACAACUGUCACCACCACCCCCACCCUCAAAAGGACCCCCAACUCCACUUCAUCGCCCUCAUGCGCACCAACCUCCAACGACCCCUCCGCAUGCUGCUAACCCAACCCAUCGUCCAACUCCUCGCCCUCUACAUGGCAAUGCUCUACGGAAUCAUGUUCCUCUUCCUCUUCGCCUACCCUCUGCUAUGGAAUAGGAUCUACCACCAAUCCUCCACCAUCGCGUCACUGAACUACAUCUCCUGCGCCAUCGGUUCAUUCUAG